UCUCCGCAUAAAAUAACAAGCAGAGUGGGGGUUUGUAAAAGAAGGCUAGAAGUUCCAGAGAGAGAGGGAGGAAGCAAUGGAAAGCAACGUUCCUCGAACCGUGGAAGAGGUGUUCACAGACUUCAAAGCUCGCCGCACCGCCUUAAUCAAAGCCCUCACCACCGACGUUGCUGAGUUCUACCAGCUUUGCGAUCCUGAGAAAGAGAAUCUUUGUCUGUAUGGAUAUCCUAAUAAACAAUGGGAAGUCAAUUUGCCUGCCGAAGAGGUACCACCAGAGCUUCCCGAGCCUGCUUUAGGUAUUAACUUUGCAAGAGAUGGGAUGAAAGAAAAGGACUGGUUAGCACUUGUUGCGGUCCACAGUGAUACAUGGCUACUUUCCGUAGCCUUCUAUUUUGGAAGCAGAUUUGGUUUUGACAGAGCUGACAGGAAUCGUCUUUUUGGUAUGAUAAACGAUAUGGCAACAGUUUAUGAAGUUGUUGCUGGAAUUGGCAAGAAAAAUCCGAGGGAGAAGUCAGCAGUUUCAAAUCAAAGUAGCACCAAGGCCAAGUCAAACACAAGAGGGCGAGGUUCUGAAUCACAAGGAAAAUAUUCAAAGAUGCAAGGAAAAGACUCUGAUGAAGAGGGACAGGAAGAAGAAGAGGAGCACGGAGACACUUUGUGUGGAGCAUGUGGGGGGGACUAUGCUGCAGAUGAGUUUUGGAUUUGUUGUGAUGUGUGUGAGAAGUGGUUCCAUGGGAAGUGUGUGAAGAUCACCCCAGCCAGGGCUGAGCAUAUCAAGCAAUAUAAGUGCCCAUCUUGUAGCAGUAGCAAGAAACUUAGGCCAUGAUGUAUCACAGAGGUGGGUUGUAAAUGUUGGGUCUCUCAACUGCCUGGUUUAUCUGGAUUGUUAAACCUGUUUUCCUGAAUUUGUUAGUAGUUCACAAAUUCUAAACUUGUCUCUAGACAAAAUUCUCGCGGUUUCUUUCACUAAGAAACUGUGUUCUUCGAUAUCUUUCUAUGCUCAUUUAUCAUUUGCCCGUAGUCUAGUCCAACUAGCUUUGCAACCAGGGCAUGUUCUAAUUUGAGUUCAAUAUUGUUUUCUUCAUCAAUUUACUUAUUCUUAUUGGAUAUACAUGUUACAUAGAUGAUGAAUAUAUUGUUUGUCCAUUA